ACACGUCUCACACACGGAGGACGACGACAUGGCGGCCUCCUUGCGUCUGGGUCGUCAAGGGAUUUUAUUUGGUCUGAGAUUGUCUAAUUUCAGUAAAUCUGUGUGGGCCACACGCCCGUGGCAGGAGCAUGUCAGACACUUCUUUCAGUCACCAUGGCUCCUCGGUGUCAGUCCACUCCAAGUGCAAAUGCCUGCUCUCUCCCCCACCAUGGAGGAGGGAAACAUAGUCAAAUGGCUGAAGAAGGAAGGUGAGGCAGUGGCAGCAGGUGAUGCCCUUUGUGAGAUCGAGACAGACAAGGCCGUUGUUACCUUGGAAUCUAAUGAUGACGGCGUCUUGGCUAAGAUAUUGAUGGAGGAGGGCAGUCGCAAUGUGCGCCUUGGCACACUCAUUGCACUCAUGGUGGAGGAAGGGCAAGACUGGAAGCAGGUUGAGAUUCCCCCUUCAAAGGCACCUCCGUCUGCAGCUCUACCUGCUAUACAUGUAGCCACUGCCCCAGUUGGGCCCCCUGCUGCUGCACCUCCACCAAAACUAGCCACGUCAGCACCGUUACGUCUGAGUCCAGCUGCAAGACACAUUUUGGACACCCAUGGUAUAGACCCAAAGUUGGCCACACCCACUGGACCAAGAGGCCUUAUCACCAAGGAAGAUGCGUUGAGUCUGUUGAAGAUGUCUCCUACCCCCAAAGCAACCCCAGCCAUGGCCGCCCCGGAUGCCCCGAGACCCCUCCCCACCCUAGCAGCUGCACCUCCGCCCACAGGCAGCAGACCCAACAUACCUCCUCUCUCUGUACCAGGGAAACCAGGAGCACCGGGCACUUUCACAGAGAUCCCGGCCUCAAAUGUCCGCCGUGUGAUUGCUCAAAGACUAACGCAAUCGAAGACCACCAUCCCCCACGCGUAUGCCUCAGUUGACUGUGACAUGGCUGCCGUCAUGCACCUCCGCAAAAACUUGGCCAAUGAACAAAUCAAGGUGUCUGUUAAUGAUUUCAUUAUCAAGGCAGCUGCUGUUACACUUAAAGAGAUGCCAGAAGUGAAUGUGACCUGGUCUGGCGAUGGACCCCGUGCACUAGAUUCAAUUCACAUAUCAAUCGCAGUAGCGACUGACAAAGGCCUCAUUACCCCAAUCAUCAGGGAUGCGGCAAACAAAGGAGUCCAGGAGAUCUCGGCUAAUGCUAAGGCUUUGGCCCAGAAGGCUCGAGAUGGGAAACUCCUGCCUGAGGAGUACCAGGGAGGCUCAUUCAGUAUAUCUAACCUGGGGAUGUUCGGUAUCAGUGGCUUCAGCGCCGUGAUCAACCCUCCUCAGGCAUGUAUCCUCGCCAUCGGGACCUCCAGGGCCGAGCUGCGUCUGUGCAAGGAGGACCAGACCCUGCGCACCCAGCAGCUGAUGACAGUUACACUGUCCAGUGACGGACGACUGGUGGAUGACGCAUUAGCCUCACGGUUUCUAGAUAAAUUCCGCGCCAACCUAGAACAGCCGCAACGGAUGGCACUAGCCUGAAAAACAAAUUAAGAUAGCUGUAUGACAGUGAUUUGAAAGACAAAGCAAAAAACGCCUGCAUGGCAAAGCCUGUCCAAUUCUCACACAAGCAGAGAUCACUUAAAAUGUUGAUUUCUAUUCAAGCUUGGAUUAAGGUUUACGAAGUAGGCUUGUACAUGGUAUAAACGUUUGUUUUUGACUUACUUCUGACAGAUAAUCACCAGGCUUUGCGAUGGAGGUGUUAAAUUGGGCUACUGCUGAGUGUUAGAGGAUUCUAGCAGUGAUGCCAAAUAUUACUAAGACAGAAGUUGCAUUGCAGGGUGCAUCUCACAUACUGUAAUGGGGUGGUUGUUCUAUCACACCAGUGUGUGUGUAUAUAUAUAUUAAUAAUGUGGUUAUUCCAGUAAAAUUUUUAUUUUUCAGUUCUAAUGCAUCCACUCUUCUCACUAUUAACAUGUGCAAAUGCUACUGUAAAAAGAUAUUUAUUACUGAACAUCAGUGGCGAUGCAUUUUCCAAUAAGGGUAAAAACCAACAUGAAUUUCCUGUUUCCUGUAAUGUAAUUCAAAGAAUUCAAGAACUUAAUUAAUUGUUCAUGGUAAUAUGUUUUAACUUAUUAUAACAGACAAUGUUACAUCCCUUACAACUUAUUUUGCAAGUCCAUGUGUAUACAAAAUUUUGUUUUCCUUAGAUGCCAAUAAAACACAUUGUUCAACCUUGAA